UUCCUCAUCGGAAGAAGCGUAGCAACCUCUCAACUUGAUGCCUUACAACGUGCGCUGAAUUUUGUUUGUCCGCGUUUUUUAAGUGAUGAAUUUUGUGCAAUAUGCUGAAGUUGGAGAAGCAAUGGAUAUGGAUUCUAAGUCACUUGCCACUUCAUCUACUAGAAGUACACCUAAUGCAUCCUCUCUGGGCCUCUCUUUGUCAAAAACAACAGGACAGCCUUUAUCAGAAUUUGUUUCAAAACUCGAAGGUCAUAUGCCUACAAUACCAGAUCCUGUUGUAUCAGGUUAUAUGCAUUCAGCUGGUUUUCAGACAACAGAUCCACAAGUGGUUCGGUUAAUAUCAAUUGCAGCUCAGAAAUUCAUAUCAGAUAUUGCUAAUGAUGCAUUACAGCACUGUAAAAUGAGAGGUGCCGGACACAGCAAAAAAGGAAUGGAGGACAAGAGGUAUGUAUUAACUAAUGAAGAUCUCAAGCCAACACUCAUGGAGUAUGGAAUAAAUGUAAAAAAAAUGGACUUUUUUGCAUAAAUGGUAUCAAAAUUAUGUAUAUAUUUUUAUUUUAAAACAGUUUAUUGUGAUUUAAUUUAAAUUUUCUUGUAAAUAAAUGUA